AUGUCUGAACUCACACCAGUUAGUAAUCCGGAAAUCGCAGAACAACGCGAAGUUCUAGAGUUGUUGAUCGCUGCGACCCCGAACAAUGGACAAAUAAUCCGCGAGGGCGAAUUCUGCCGUAGCGAUGCAUUUGUGGAGCAGUUCGGCGACGAAGAACUGGUCCGACUCAUCAAGAUCUACACCGACCAUGACCCUGCCGAGAGACCAGGGCUCUUAGCCGGAGAGUGCGAAGCCUCGCUGAUGAAGUACUACCGCCUCAAGGACGUCCAUUGCUUACACCACGCGGUGGCUACCGGCUCUCUCAUCGCCUAUCAUGUUCCGCUUGACGCGGAGAAUCUGGAUCGCGGGACCCUCCUGAGUGUUUUUGCCCGAUCGCUUCUUUGCCUCUGGCAGGUCGAUCGUUUGGAGGGGAAGUUGCUGGACGAUUCGAUCUACUACUGUCGCAAGGCGGUUGAGCUUGGCCCUGCACAGGAGCAGAAACGACCCUUGCAUCUAUACGAUCUUGGCGAGCAGUUGACAGCACGGUACACCCACACACAUGAAGCUGCAGAUUACGCUGAAGCGGAACAGUGUUUCCAGCAGGCAUCAUCACUCCGGCCAGCGGGGAAACCGGUGUUCAUGUUCAGAUGGGCGAAACUCAUUCGAGAGCACGACGAGUUUCACAAACUAGACAAAGCUGACAUGCUGCGAAACUAUAUACUGAAGUUGAAAGAUGCUAUUACCAGCGAAAGCAAGGCCUUUGUACGAACAGAAUACCGUGUGUCGAUCAGUAAUAUUUGGUGGCAUAUGGGAUGGGCGAUGUGGGAGAGAUGGGAACUAACGAAGAACCCCCAAGACUUGGAUCAUGCGAUUGGUGUUUUUGGCUAUGCGCGAACAGCUCCUCAGCAUGGCUCGAUGGAGCGAUUUCGGGCAUGCCGGGAUCUUGGCCGCGUGACCGCUUUACGGUUUGCAAGAGAUGGCAAGGCUGAAGACGGUGAUUCCGCGACUGAGAUGCUGAAAGAGGCUCUUCGCAUUGUGCCAGACUCUGCGCUUGCGAUGGAGUGUCUUGGAAAUCAUUUACGGGUCGUUGCUCAACGAAGAAAUUCGGAAGAGAUGCUCACUGAGGCAGUUGACCUACUGGAGAGAGCGCAUCAGAUUGCCGCUGACUCGGAAAUGAGCAGUUCUCUCUGUGAAGCAAAAGCCCAGGCCCUCACAGAGAGGUUCAUGUGGAUGGGCAAUGUUGAGGAUAUUGACGGGGCUAUUCGAACGUUGCGCAACUUAGUCGAUCAACCGUGUGAAGAUCAGGGAUCCCAGGUUCGGUACCUGAGGAAGCUUGCAAACUGCCUCACCUUGCGUUUCGAGUCACUCGAGAAACAGGACGACGUAAAAGCUGCUCAGGACACCAUUGAAAGAGCCCUUUCUUUCACAGAGGUUUCUAGUGAUCUGAGAGGAAGCUGCCUCCAUGCCCAGGGAAAGAUAUAUAUCGCCUGUUACAAGCUGGGGAACGAUCUUGAGCAUAUCAACCAGGCCGUGGAAACUAUCAAGGAAGCUUUGGUGACCUCCGCAGAUGAUGCGCCAGAGAGCUAUCUGAUGCACCAUGAUCUCUCCAUUGCAUAUCACCUCAAAUUCAAGAACAGUCUUUUACUUGCGGAUCUCUCGAGCUCGAUCGAAGAGUCCGACCUCGCUCUUCAUGCCUUGCAGCAGAAUGUGUCUGCAAGCCCCGAAGAUGCUAUUCUCAUGGUCACCCACGGCCUAGCGAACUCACUGACAGCGCAAUUCGAGGUGACUCAACAGCGAGAGGACAUCGACAGGGCAAUCCUAUGUUAUGAGAAAUGUGUUCAAGGGGCCCCAAAGAAGUCCCAGCGGUAUAUUAUGCGCGCAGAGAAUCUUGCAUUCGCUUACCAACUGAGGUUCAACUUGACUGGCCAGAUGGAAGACAUCCGGAAAUCGCAAACGCUUCUACUCGAAAUGCUUGCUUGGGAGGAUCUGAAGCCCAAUAGUCUUUGCAACAUGCACAACAACUUGGGGCGGGCUUUUUUGUUUGCGUACAUCAAGUAUGAAGAACAGACGUAUCUAGACUUCGCCAUCGAGCAUUUUCGAAAAGCCCUUGCUACCGGCUGUACAGCUCCUGCCUUCCUCGUGGCUGCAUCGGUCAAUCUGACUCACGUAUUGCGGCACAAAGCUACGCAAACCAAGAGCACCAUGGACCAGAUGGCUGUCAUAUUGCAACUAGCCCACAGCCUGAAAUACAUGUUGUCGCUGAAGGGCAACCAGCGAAUGCACAUGGAGGGCAUGGCUGUCAGUUUCGUCGAAAUGAUUCUUCAAGGCUGGGAGGAUUCCGCAUUCAGCGCCACUGAUCACUACGGAAGGUUAUACCUGAGUGCUAGCCAGUCAUUGCUUCCCAAUUUCCAGACCAUCCAAGGUUCUGCUGUGGUUCGAUUCUACAUUUAUGCAGCGCUUGCACAGCAUAUAGUUGCCCAAGACCCACUGGCCGCGCGAGACAUGAUUUCUGCUGCGGCUGCCAUCUUACCGAAGGCCAUUUUACUCAGCUUCGAUCGUCAGGAUAUUCUGAAUAACCUUGGCAAUGUUGUAGCAUUGCCGAGCUUUGCCAUCGCAUACUCGCUCGAGGCGGGCGAUUCGCCGUCACAAGCCCUUGAACUUUUUGAUAAAGUCCGCAGUAUCAUGUGGGACCAUAUCCUGACCAGCCGAUCGACUUUGCGCGGAAAGGCCAUCGAAAGGUUUCCCGCUUUGCAUGCCAAGCUAGAGCAAUUACAAAAGCCCCUUGUGAAAGCAAAGCCCACGGCAGCAACAACUUCUCUUUCCGGAGGACUAGAUCAACUUUUAAUAAAGCAACAGCAUGAAGUAUACCGACAAACAAUCGAAUAUCAGAAGAUCGUCCAUGAGCUACAGUCAGAUGAUACACCAGACGGGCUUCUCAACUUACCAGGGGAUGUGAACAGCAUAAAUGACCUGGCCAAAGAAGGCCCGAUUAUCAUUGUCAAUCAUGGUCUCUUCCGGAGCGACGCCAUAAUUGUGAGAUCGACUGGUGUGGUAUCCCUUCGACUGCCAGCCCUAGAUGGAAACUCUUUCAAACAAUGCGAGAGCUGGUAUCAGGACGCACUGACCCUCAUGGGAACCGACCUCCCUGCCGCGACCGAACGGAUGGAUAAACUGCUCGAAUGGCUCUGGGAUAGUGUUGCUGAGCCGAUAUUCCAGCACAUCGGUCUGACUGGCCAGCAGCACCCGGGCGAAGAUCUUCCACGGACAUGGUGGAUCACAACGGGCAAAUUCGGUAUGCUCCCCCUGCAUGCUGCUGGCAGCUCGAAUAAAGGGCCCGGACACUCUGUUUUUGACCGAACCAUACCGUCCUAUAUCAACAGCCUCCGUGCGCUCGCAUACGUGCGCAGCCGGCGACGGUCUGGACAGCAAGAAAACCGCGCUCGUUCUCAUACCCGCUCUCUUCUGGUGUCCAUGGAGACUACCCCGAGCAUGGGAGAAAACGCAAAUCUCCCCAGCGCUGGGCGCGAGGUCAAGCAGAUCCAUGAAAUUCUGGAGGGCCGUGGCGCGAAAGCUAAGCUUCUGGGCAGCCCAACUCGUGAUGCAGUUCUUCAGUAUCUCGGGAAAACUGACUAUGCCCACUUUGCCUGCCAUGGCGUGUGCGAUGGAGAAGACCCGGUGCGAAGCGCGCUGCGAUUGACGGACUGGGAGACGAAACCGUUAGAUGUCAGAAGCCUGGUGCAGCAGACCGAUAUAGGGUGUCAACUUGCGUAUCUCUCGGCUUGCGAGAGUGCAUCCAAUCAAUCCAAGUUCCGCGACGAAGGACUUCAUCUGGCUGGGGGGUUCCAGAUGGCUGGAGUGCCGUAUGUUGUUGCCACUCUCUGGCGUGUGGAUGAUAUUUUGAGUGUGGAUAUGGCUGUGGGAUUCUACAAGGCCCUUGGAUCCAUGGGCGUCACUUGGGAUCCGUCUCAAUCCGCGAAAGCUUUACGUCGUGCUGUUCUGGAUCUGAAGCAAUCGGGUGUCGCCUCUGUUCUGUGGGCAGCUUAUAUCCAUUCCGGUCCCUGA